AUGCGUCUCGCUGUCUUGUUCUCGUUGCUCCCGGCCAUCCUCGCCACCCCCAUCUCGCAGCUCGCGCCCCUCAGCUCGAACGGCAACAUCAUCGAUGACCAGUACAUCGUUGUCUUCAAGAAGGGUGUCGACCCCGCCAAUAUUGCCCUUCACCUCGACUCGAUCGCCGAGUCCACCCUCGCUAGCCCCCUUCAGGGCGAGGAGGCCGGUGUUACCAACGUCUUCACCCCCCAGGGUAUCGACUAUGCUGGUUACGCCGGUCGCUUCUCGAAGGAGACCCUCGAGCUGAUCCGCUCGUCGCCUGAUGUCGCUUACGUCGACCACGACCAGAUCAUGACCACCACUGAGGUCCCCCAGGGUGUCGACGACGCCUUCUCUGGCGAUGACGAGCUCAAGACUGAGAUCGGUGCCCCUUGGGGUCUCGCCCGUAUCUCGCACCGCAAGGAGCUCCGUCUCGGCACCUUCAACAAGUACACCUACGACGGAUCCGGAGGUGAGGGUGUCACUGCCUACGUGAUCGACACUGGAAUCAACAUCAACCACGUUGAGUUCCAGGGCCGCGCCCGCUGGGGUAAGACCAUCCCCCGCAACGACGUCGACAAGGAUGGCAACGGACACGGCACUCACUGCGCUGGUACCGUCGGCUCGCGCAAGUACGGUGUCGCCAAGGGCGCCAACCUCGUCGCCGUCAAGGUUCUCGGCUCCAAUGGAUCCGGAACCAUGUCCGACGUCAUUGACGGUGUCCUCUGGGCUGCCCAGGACGCUGCCAAGACCGCUGCCGCGGCUGCGCGUGAGCUCGCCCUGACCGGCAAGACCAAGCACAAGGGAUCCGUCGCCAACAUGUCGCUCGGAGGUGGCAAGGCCCCUUCGCUUGACGAGGCCGUCGACGCUGCUGUCGAGCACGGCCUCCACUUCGCCGUCGCUGCUGGCAACGACGACGCUGACGCGUGCAAGUACUCGCCCGCUGCUGCCAAGGGCGCCAUCACUGUCGGUGCUUCCACUAUCGGUGACGACCGUGCCUACUUCUCUAACUGGGGCAAGUGUGUUGAUGUCUUUGCUCCUGGCCUCAACAUUCUCUCCACCUGGAACACUGGCCCCGAGUCGACCAACACCAUCUCUGGUACCUCGAUGGCGUCGCCCCACAUCUGUGGUCUCCUCGCCUACCUGCUCUCGAUCGAGGGUCACCCCACGUUCACGAUCAACUCUGACUCUGUCGAGCUCGUCGAGCAGGAGCCCUCGAUUUACUCGCAGGCUUACGAGCUUGUGCCCAGCUGGAUGAAGCUUGUCCUCCCCAAGCCCGACGAGACGGUCGAGCUCCAGCGUGUCGGCGACAAGAAGAUCACGACUGCCCAGCUCAAGAAGGCCCUCCUCGCGCUCGCCACCCCCGGCCAGCUCAAGGACGUCGGCAAGGGCUCGCCCAACCUCCUCGCCUACAACAACGCGACCUCGACCAAGUAA